UCGCUAGCGGGAGGCGUCCAGAGGGGCUGUGUCCGUCGAAAGCAAACAUCUUCUUCAGGGAUUCUGUGUGUUUUGAGGGCUCGAGAAAAGUUAGCGACAUCCGUCCCGUCAGUUGGAAGAAAAAUGCCGGAGUUAUUGGCGUUUUAUCGGAUCUAGAUCAAUAUUCAUGGGCUGAUGUGGCCAUGGCAAGUCUCGGUGUCAGCUUUAUCGAUACACGCCGGCGACACCUGAAGGAUAUAAAGUGAAAGAUAUAUUAUGAUUAAGUUUAUGUGAUCUCGGCAGACUCCAUCUGUGCGCAUGCGAGAUAACAGUUAAUGCUGAUGUCAACUGAUAUAGGCUGAGUAUCUGUUCAAGAUCAUGUGAUUUAGUCUUUCAUAGACAUUUUUCUGUGACACUAUCAUCGGCAAGUCUAAAACGGGGACUGAUUUGUACCAUUUGGUUUGUAACGUGUUUUUAAACGGCACAUUUGAUGGUUAAUGAACGGAUAUCUUCAUCUACAAUCAGCUGACCACCUCUGAAUUCACUGCAUUAGAAGAGAUAUCCUGGAGUUUUUGCUUAAAACAAAAGCAGACUUGGACCCCAGAUAUUUACUCUUGUGUUAAAGGAGCCUAUAAGGAUCGUGGUUAAAGAGUAACGGCAUCUUGGAGAUGUCAGGCCGGCCUAGGACCUCCUCAUUUGCGGAGAGCUGCAAGCCAGUGCCGCAGCCUUCAGCCUUUGGCAACAUGAAAGUCAGCAGAGAUAAAGAUGGCAGUAAAGUUACCACAGUGGCCGCAACCCCCGGUCAGGGACCCGACCGACCUCAGGAGGUCAGCUACACGGACACAAAGGUCAUCGGGAACGGCUCGUUUGGGGUCGUAUAUCAAGCGAAGCUGUGCAACACUGGUGAGCUGGUGGCCAUAAAGAAGGUGCUGCAGGAUAAAAGGUUUAAGAAUCGUGAGUUACAGAUCAUGAGGAAGUUGGAUCACUGUAACAUUGUCCGUCUGCGCUACUUCUUCUACUCCAGUGGAGACAAAAAGGAUGAGGUGUAUCUGAAUUUGGUGAUGGACUAUGUGCCUGAGAACGUGUACCGAGUGUCCAGACACUACAGCAGAGCCAAGCAGAAUCUGCCUAUGGUCUAUGUGAAGCUGUAUAUGUACCAGCUGUUCCGCAGCUUGGCGUACAUCCACUCGUAUGGGAUCUGCCAUCGAGAUAUCAAGCCACAGAACCUCUUGCUCGACCCAGAGACAGCUGUACUCAAACUCUGUGACUUUGGAAGGUGA